AUGGCCUCGCGAUCUGCUGCUGUACCUCAGGCAAUCUUCGUGCCCAGCUUGCAGCUUCGAGCUCCGCCUUCGUUCAUGCAGAAAAAAAGGGGCUCAAAGGCCAAUGGUGCAUGUCACAUCCCCGCCUCUGUAAAGCCAGCUCCUGGCGUGCCAUUCAGAAAGAGCAGAGUCUCAGCAGAAUGGGAAGAAUGGGAAGUGCUCCACUGCGUGCUCCUGCACCUGUCUUGGCCGCGUGGCGGGCAGCAGUGCGAGCAGCAGCAAUCUCUUCAUGGCUCUUGA